AUGGCUUUUUGGAUUGAAACAAAUGAAAAUAUUUGGUCAAGUGAGUUUUCAAAACAAGGCACAUGUGCAAUUGAAAGCGAUAGUUUAGUUAAUGGUACAUUUUCUUAUUUCCAAGCAGGAGUAAAUUUACAUCAAAAAUUAAAUUUAACCCAAGCUUUGGAAAAUGAAAAUAUUUAUCCAUCUUCAAAAUUAAUCUCUGCAUCAAGUAUUGCUAAUGCUUUCAAAAAUCAAUUCUGUGAUCUCUCACUAAUGGAUUACCCAGAUUUACAUGGUUGGUCUUGUGAUGGUGAUGUUAUACUUCCAUCAAGUUAUUAA